AUGAACGCACAGGGAACUUCCUCUCGUGAAGCUCUUGCUGGAGAUUCCACCGAGCCUUCGAAGGCCGUCCAAACCACCGAACACGAUGUGGAAGACCAGGAGCAGCCCGAUCCCAGUACGCAGUUCAACUCGAAGAGAGCGCUCUGGGGCUAUCUCGUUCUCUGUUUCUCGACUGGACCAACGUCGUCCAUGGUGAACAACUACGUGACUGCUGCUAUCCUCUCCGCUGCCAAUCUACUCGGCCAUGAGGAAGGAUCCAACAAGCCCUGUCCGCGUCGCGGAACCAAUAUCUCGUGUCUGGUCAAGUUUGGCCCCGGAGAGAUUGACUAUAACAGCUACACACUGUAUCUUCGCGCGAUCAGUCGAGCCACCGAAGGCGUUGUGUCCAUCGUCACAGCUGGCAUUGCCGACUACUCCAACUACCGCAAGACGAUGAUGAUGGCGUCCAUCUUACUCUUCGGAGCCCUGGCCUUGCCGUUUGCUGGUCUUACCGGCCAGAACUACAGUCAUCUGACCGCGUUGGCGGUUCUCUACUGUCUGCUCACCACGGUCGGAGGGGUAUACAUGGUCGCUGAAGGCUCGUACAUUCCGAUCUUUAUGCGAUCGACCGGAUGGUUUCGCGAUUCGGUCGUGGCCGGGCAAACAGGAGAGCGAUCCGUCUGGAGCAAGGGCGUUUCCGUCAGUGUGCUGGCGCUUGUCUCAAGCAACGUGGGAGGCCUCACUGCGCUGAUUAUCGGAGUGAUCCUGGUGUAUGGACGCGGAUCGUAUGUGCAGGUCGGCUACUUCAACUAUCUCCUGGCCAUCACUAUCGGGGGUUGCAUCACUAUCCUCUUCGCUUUUCUCGGGCAGUAUCUUCUGCCGUCAGUCCGCGGGAAGGAGAUCGAACGCAAGCAGAACCUGUUGCUGCUCCCGGUCAGGAACUGGAUCCACGUCGUGCGCUGCGCUCCCCGCUAUUCCGAGGCAUUCAAGCUGUGCAUUGGAUGGGUCCUGUGGAACACAGGCUAUUCAAACCAUCUACAGUUGAUCUCGGCGCUCUUUCUGCAGGUCACUGGCUUCACACGCAACUCCGGCGUCUACUCCGUCUGGUCCUUCACCAACGUGAUUUUUGCCUGCAUGGGCAGUCUGAUCUUCAUGUAUUUGUACCCGCGACUACAAGUGCCUGUGAAGAGCUGGGCCUAUGGCUUCUUCCUGGUGAACAUUCUCUGUGUGCUUUGGGGCUGCAUUGGCAUCAGCAACGAGGUCACGAUCGGGUACAAGCAUCAGGCGGAGUUUUGGGUGGAACAGGUGUUGUUCAUGUCGACCAGUAGCGCCCUGCGCGCUUACAAUCGUGCUUUGUACUCGUCGCUGAUCCCCAAGCACUCGGAAGCCCAGUUCUUUGGCCUGGAGAUCACACUGGACCUGGCCACCGGGUGGAUCAAUCCGCUCGUGAUGGGAGUGAUCCAGAAUCGGACACAUAACCUGCGGUUUCCCAUGAUUCCGAAUCUGUUGCUGAUGGUGGUGGGAUUGGGGUUGUACUGGCUGGUGGAUGUGCCCAAGGGAAUCGAACAGGCCAAGGUGCCCUUGGCGCUGUAG